GUCCUUUCGAUCGAUGCUCGCAUUCUCUGUGCUCUCACUGCCGACGGUCGCCGCUGCGACGGUGGCCCCGAAGCACUGGGGCGCGCCGCGUUUUUCCGGGAAAUCCGUCCUUGUGACCGGCGGCGACUCAGGCAUUGGUCUUGCUGCUGUCGAGGCCUUCUACUAUGAGUGCGCCCGGGUCAUGAUGAUCGGUCACGAUGAGGAGAAGACGCGAGCGGCUGCGGCGAAUCUCACAGCGCUGCCGGCGCCGCUCGGCUGCCCGUCGGAUAAGCCGGCGCCCGCGCUCAAGUGGCUUGCGAUUGACGUCCGAGAGCUGAGCAGCGUUGAGACAGCAGUCGCAAGCACAAUGGAUGCCUUUGGCUCGCUGGAUGUGGCAGUCAAUAACGCCGGCUGGCCCACCACGAGCGGCUGGCCUCCACCAGAUCGGCGACGACGACUUCCCAUCCUACUUCAACCACUCGCUCGAAAUGUCGGUCAACGUCAAGGGCACCCUGUUGUGUAUGCACGCCCAGAUAGCGCUCUGGCUCAAGGCGGCAAGCAAAGGCUCGACGCUCGCAAUCGUCAACGUCGCCAGCGUCUGCGGCGAGGCGGCCUUCUGCGGGCCAGCCUACACCACGUCAAAGUGGGGCGAGAUUGGCUUCUCCAAGCAGGCGGCAUCCCACUAUGCUGGGAAGGGGAUUCGCGUCAAUGUCCUCGCCCCCGGUCCGGUCAAUACGCCGAUGCUGCGCGGUGGUCUGGCCGAGGACGACCCUCGCUGGCUGGCGAGGAAGUUCAUUAUCGAGAAGAGCGUGCCGAUGGGCCGCAUCGCCGAGCCGUGGGAGAUGGCGGGGCCGGUGACUUUUCUCUCCAGCGACGCAUCCAGCUACGUGACCGGGGUGGUGGUGACUGCCGACGGCGGAAUGGUCAACCACUGAUGUCCACAAAGGGUGUGGAAUCGUCGAGUCGCUAACCUCCCUUGUUACCUGGCGGCUCGCGGACGCGCUUCGGCGCGGCGCACGAUUGCGCUCUAAUCGCAUUCUGUUCAUUAAUCGCGCCGCGUUUUCACGGUUCUUCUGGUUCUGCUGCAUGUUCUGCUGCUUCUCUCUCGUCUCUGUGUGUAGUGACUAGUGUGUGUCUCUCCGUCGGCGUCGCGACGAGUAGUGACUAGUGUGUCUAGUGACGCGGUUUCCGCGCCGUCGACGGCACGCCGCUCCUCUCGUGACUCGUGUACACACGGUUUAGUACCUCCCAAAUACAGAUUACAGUACGUAC